AUGACAGCGGGGCGAACAGCUCAAGUGUCGCCCAUAUUCUCAUCCUGCGUCUUUCCUGUCGAAGUGCUUGACGAGAUAUUUGUUUGGUGUCUGGCAGACAAGCAUGAGUUCCCUGAAAUUGCCAAUCUCUCCCUCGCUUCGUACCAAUUCCGCCAAAUCGUCCUCCGACAAUACUUCGUCACACUAUAUGCGCAUUCGAGAGAAUCAUGGUCUAAUAUUUGCCAGAUUCCUGGUGUCUUCUCUUGGGUCCGCGUGCUCAACUGCAUCUCCGUCUCACUCUUCUCCGGCCUCUCCAACCUACUCUGCUUCCAUAACUUGCGUGAAGUUCAUAUUGAUUUUUCUCCAGAAGGGUUGCACACGCAACAAACUUGUGCCAGAAAGAUAUUCAAGUACCUCCCUGCCAAACUGACUGCGCUAGAACUCUCUUACUUGCCGAAAAUCGACGUCGAUCUGCUCUCUCGUAUUGCUCUUAAAUUUCCUAUGCUCAAAGCUUUGAAACUUUCUUGUUCUGAACGGUUAAUAAAUGACUGCUGCUGGGAAUGCUAUGAGGAAUCUUCUAGCUGUACUAUUCACUCACCCAUUCCCGAUAUAUACAUCGACGCGGAUGAUAUGGCGUAUGCCUUCGGCAGUGCACUCAAGCCUCUUAAGCACCUCGAACACUUACAUCUCGGCAUCUACCUAUCGGAACUGGAACUCUUCUACUAUCACAUCCUCCAUUGUCAAAUGGUAAUUCUACCAUCAAUGAACCGAGUAUGGCCUCAUGCUCCGAACGAUUGCGAACAUUGUUGUCAGAACUUCGCCGACGAAGUCCGGACGACGGAACUUUUCGCUAGUGCGGCACUUGCUAGAUACGUUCCCAGUGUGAAAACGAUUUGCUGGAGCUCUUUCUUCGCUGCCGAUGAACCUGGAGAUUACCCAGAUGAACAGACAACGAUGGUUUGGGUGAUGAGGAAGGAUGGAAAGGUCAAGGUCAGGAGGGCCGUUUGGUGA